AAAUGCGCUUCCUUUCUCACCGUCGAACCUGUUUUUCCACUCUGUCGUCACUCAGGCACCUGAGAGGAUCUUAAUACCGGAAGUUACCGAGCUUGUUAUCACCUGGGCGGACACUUUCAGACACAUUUUGUGUGGUUUUUGGUUCAUUUGAGGUGAAGCAGUGAGAAGAGAAGAACCGAGCGGGUCGACAUGUUUGUCAGCGGGCUGGUUUCGGUGGCUUUGUUCCUCCUCGCAGCGACAGGUGUGAGGGGCUUCACAGUCACUACCAACAAAGCCGAUGUGCGGGUGAAAGAGAAUUUAGGGAUCGACCUUUCAUGCACCUUUUCUGGUGACUUUGGUUCAAAUCCCAGAGUGGAGUGGAAGUUUAAAAACCUGAAGCAGUCACAGGUGUACGUGAUUUUUGAUGGGAAACCAACAACAUCAUAUGCCAGCAGAGUGACAAUGUACAACAGCAAUCUGAGAUUUGCAACUGUGACCCGCGAUGACAACGGGAUGUAUGAUUGUGAGGUGUCUGGAAACGGACAGUUUGGGGAAGCCAGAGUGAAGCUGACUGUACUUGUGCCUCCCUCUGCACCCUUGUGUAGAAUCCCCUCCUCAGUGACGACUGGCAAGUCAGCCCUCUUGACCUGCCAUGACACGGAUGGCUCACCUCCACCCAAAUACAGGUGGUUCAAAAACGAUGUGCCUCUGCCCGCUGAACCCGGCAAGAUCGCAAGCUUCAAAAACUCCACCUACAAGCUCAAUGUUAACAACGGCAACCUGGAGUUUCCCAAAACCGUCAAGACGGACUUAGGUCAGUACUACUGUGAGGCUUCCAACGAAGCAGGUCCUCCUCAGCGCUGCAGAGGAGGAAAUAUGGAAAUCCGUGACCUCAACACUGGAGGAAUUGUAGCUGGUGUGAUCGUGGCUCUGCUGCUAGUGGCUCUGCUGGUUUUUGGUAUUUGGUACGCAAACAAGAAAGGAUACCUGCCAAAGAAGAGCGAAAGCAAACCAAAGCCCAGCGUGGUGUACCAGCCCACAUCAAUGUACGGUGGUGGUGGUGAUGAUGAUGAUGAUGGGGAAUUCAAACAGAAGUCAUCCUUCGUGGUAUAGUCAACAACGAACAGCCCCAACAGGAGAACAACUCUGUUUUAAAUGUCUGUCAGCGUGGGAUUUCCCUCAAGUGUUUAGUGUGCUUUUGGUUGAUGAUUAAUUUGGAGUUUCUGUUUUUAUAGACCAGUGUGAUUGUUUAAGCUGACCUGAACUUUGUGCUUUAGUGUCUCGGAAACAUUGACUUGAGCUUCAAGGUUAUAUGAAAUAACUUACUGCAAACAGGGUAAUGUGACGUCUUUUAUAUGUGCAAAAUACUGUUGGAGGGCCUUUGGCUAUUCACACAUUCUUAGCCAUGGACAUUUGACUUCUAAGUUGUUGGUGUGUGUGUCUAUUCUGUUUCUUCUGAAAAAAAAAAAAAACACAGCUAUUUUUGUAAGUGUUAUAAUGAUUCAUCUUAACGCUAACAUGUCAAAAAACAAGUAAAGAACCAUGUACCUAUAUAACGGUAAGAACAGAAAGAGAAAUUUUAGUUUCUCAUGAAAGUCAAGCACAUGCCUUUGAAUAGACAGAAUUUCCUCUAGGAACACAGUACCAUGAAAAACAAUGUCAAUAGAGUUGUAUCAUAUUUAUUGACACAUCACCUUCAUUGUUUUAUACGUGUUUAUCUUCUCUGAAACACUGAUGUGCCCAGAAUAACACGGCCGAGUUGCUCUGAAAAUGUUUAACUUUUUCUAACAAACAAAGCGUUUUUUUUAUGUACAGUACUCUUGCUAACAAAUCUGUCACUUUCUCUUUCUUGUAAAUAAAAUGCUUUUACGCCUGAAA